AUGUCCGCACACGCGCUGGCGGAGGUAGCCACUGCGGUGGCGGGCGGCUCGCCUUCCUCCGGAGGCAGUCCUCGCGGCGGGAGCGGCAGCCGCUCGUCGCUCCGCCCUCGGCGAAGCAAGGAGAGGGAGGGCGAGACGGUCGAGGGGCCUCCGCCUGACUUCCGCUGCCCCGCGGCCCAGCCUCCGCCUAGCUUCCGCUGCCCCCUGUCCGGCGAGCUCAUGCAGGACGCAGUCCGGCUGGGCGACCGCUCCUUCUCUUCGGCGAGUCUGCGAGGGCGCGGGAUGUCAACUUGGAGGCCGCACACACUCCUCCCCAAAGCGGAUCACGUGCUGCGCAGCCAGGUCCAUGACUGGCUGUGCGAGCGGUACGCGUCGGUGGUCCUGCGCUUGCGCAUGGUCUCGGCCGUCACGGAGAUCGCGGCCGCCGGCGGCGUCCGCGCGCUUGUCGCGAUGCUCUUGGCUGAGAGCCCCGAGGAGUCCAAGGCGGCCGCUUGCGAGGCGAUCUGGCAUCUGGCGACCGGCAGCGGAGAGAACAGGGCCCUGCUCGUGCAGGAGGGCGCACUCCCUCCCGUGGUUGCGCUCGUCUCCUCGCAGGUUGCGCAGAGCGCCGCCGUCCGAGUGCUGCGCCAAGUUGCUGUGGACGUCGAGCACGCGCGGCGCCUUGUCGACGCCGGCGUCAUCCACCCGCUGCUGCAGCUCUUCAUCGACGCCAGCCCGGCGCGGGACUUGCUCUGCUUCCUGAGGGAGGAGGAUGUGGAGGGGUCGCACGACUCCUGGCUCCAGCAGCUCGCGGGGCCCUUCUCCGGCUCUGCGCCACCCGCCGCUUCCUCCUGGUCCUCCUCCGGCUCGCAGGAGUCGCCCCCAAGCAGCCCUGUGUCGGAUCCGUCGGCCAAAACCUCGAGCCAAAAUCCCCACUGGGCCGGGACCGCCGGGAGCAACCUUAAGGCGGCUCCUGUGUCCUGA